GAGAAAGAGCGCUAGUUCUUGUGGGUUUGACUUGGAACGAAACAGGAAGUGAAGUGCUACUGUUCUGUUUUCUUUGAUUGAUUCUCUCUGUCUUUCUCUUUCUUGUCUGAAACAAAAAAAAGAAAACAAAGGAAACCCCAAAAGAGACCAAAAAACAAUUCCUUCCCAACAACAAAAUAUUGUCAAUUUUAUACCAUCACUUGUAUUUUCUCAGAUUCAAUCAAAGCAAGUGUCUUUCUCUAUUUACAUCGCUUUCUUUAACUAUCCACUUCGUUUUUCAGAUCAUUUUCUCACUUCUGCUUUGUCUUCUAAGCUAAAUAUCCUGCCUUUCUCAAAUAUACUGCUCUCUCUUUUUCUCCACUUGGGUUUAGAUUAUAUUUUACUUCAAUGAAUCGUGAAGGGGUCUAAAUCUUGAAGAAUAGGUUUCUUGUGAUUUGCUUGUAUUCAUAUAUCUCGUUCAUGGUGUCAGUUAUGAACUCGCUUGAACGUGGUUUUUUUGCAGAUUCCUGGGAAACCCAGAUAGACCAUGUGAGAAAUGAGGUUUAGAUUUACAACAUGGGGUGUGUUCUUGGGAGAGAGGUAUCUUCAGGCAUAGUUUCAGAGUCUAAAGAGGUUAAGAAACUACGUGUUGAAUCUAAUAGGAAAAUAGAAGAUGUUUCAGUGACAAAGACUGAUACUACUAGUAGUGUUGUUGAGAUUAAAAAUGAGGAAACUCAGGGGGAGAAAGUUGAUGGGGAUAAAAAGCCUAAGGGAGAGAGGAAGUGGUCAAGGCCAAACUCGAAGCCAAGUAACCUGCCUAAACAAACACGUGGCGAGCAGGUUGCUGCUGGAUGGCCACCCUGGCUGUCGGCAGUUUGUGGGGAGGCACUAAAUGGAUGGAUUCCACGGAGGGCAGACACUUUUGAGAAGAUUGAUAAGAUUGGAUCAGGAACAUAUAGCAAUGUGUACAAAGCUAGAGAUCUAUUGACGGGCAAAGUUGUUGCCCUUAAAAAGGUUCGUUUUGAUAAUUUGGAACCAGAGAGUGUGAAGUUCAUGGCUAGAGAGAUCCUGAUUUUACGAAGAUUGGAUCAUCCUAAUGUUGUAAAGUUGGAAGGAUUAGUUACUUCCAGGAUGUCAUGUAGUUUGUACCUAGUAUUUGAGUACAUGGUGCACGAUUUAGCUGGACUUGCUGCCAGCCCUGCAGUAAAAUUUACAGAGCCACAGGUUAAAUGUUACAUGCAUCAACUAUUAUCUGGACUUGAGCAUUGUCAUAAUCGUGGCGUGCUUCAUCGUGACAUCAAGGGAUCGAAUCUUUUGAUUGACAAUGAAGGAAUACUCAGGAUUGCGGAUUUUGGAUUGGCGUCUUUCUUUGAUCCUAAUCACAAGCUUCCAAUGACAAGUCGGGUUGUUACUUUGUGGUAUCGGCCUCCUGAGCUUCUCCUUGGGGCUACUGACUAUGGCGUUGGUAUUGACCUGUGGAGUGCAGGCUGUAUAUUGGCUGAGCUACUGGCUGGGAAGCCCAUCAUGCCUGGUCGUACUGAGGUAGAGCAACUACAUAAGAUAUACAAGCUAUGUGGUUCACCAUCAGAUGAAUACUGGAAAAAAUCAAAGUUGCCAAAUGCAACCUUGUUUAAGCCUCGAGAGCCUUACAAAAGAUGCAUAAGAGAGACAUUUAAAGAUUUUUCACCAUCAUCACUUCCCCUCAUUGAAACUCUUCUUGCAAUUGAUCCAGCAGAACGUCAGACAGCCACAGCUGCCCUAAAGAGUGAUUUCUUCACAACAGAACCUUAUGCUUGCGAACCUUCCAGUCUCCCAAAAUAUCCUCCAAGUAAGGAGAUGGAUGCUAAACGACGAGAUGAUGAAGCUCGAAGACUAAGAACUGCUAGCAAAGCCCAAGGUGAUGCUGCAAAGAAACCACGAACACGUGAGCGUCAUGCUAGGGGAAUGCCUGCAUCCGAUGCGAAUGCAGAGCUCCCGUCCAAUAUUGAUAGAAGGCGUCUAAUUAACCAUGCAAAUGCGAAAAGCAAGAGUGAAAAGUUUCCCCCGCCACAUCAGGACGGAGCACUUGGGUAUCCUUUAGGAUCUUCACACCACUUUGAUCCUGCGCUCGUUCCUCCUGAUGUCCCAUUCAGCACCACCUCAUUUACUUACUUGAAGGAGCCAAUACAAACUUGGUCUGGCCCAUUGGUCGAUCCUGCUGGUGUUGGUGCUCCGAGGCGAAAGAAGAAGAAUGCAGGUGACACAAGAGAAUUGUCAAAACUGCCAACUGGAAAAAAUAAAAGCAGAGAUACUCAGUUAAAAGGAAAGAAGAGCAUGGCUUGAAAACUUCAGUGCAUCUAUGGAAUACCAGAUCUGUGAAACUGGUGAUUUUCCAUACAAAAGGCAUUACUGCAAUCUGUGUACUGAAACAACAGGCUUCUUCACACGUAGAAGAAUAUAUUUAUUCAGUUAAAAAUGCAUUGAGGGGUGAAAUCAAAACUUCUACACUAUUUUUCUCAUGUAGAUUUCUUCAUUCCAUGGUAGAAAAUUUUCUGCCUUAUUUCGGGGAUGGUGAGAAACUUCCAUUGAUACGCAUAUUUUUCUUAGUCUUUUCAAGUUUCAUGUGUUGAAGACUAAGUUCUGUUCAGAUUAGUAAAAGAAACUAAUAAAUUCUAAAAGAGUUCCAGGUA